AUGGCCUCCCUAUCUGCUAAAGGCAUAGCUAAGUCCUAUGCAUCUGUGAUCCAAGGCAAGGUCAUUCUCACCACAGGUGUUUCGCCUUCAGGGUUGGGUGCCGCCUUCCUUAAAGCCAUCGCAGCCUUACAACCAGCGCUACUCAUCUUGGCUGGCCGCAACAUUUCCAAGGUCAAAGAGACCGCAAGCCAACUAGCCGCUGAAAACCCAACGAUCUCGAUCAAAUCGCGCAUUCUCCAACUCGAUCUUUCAUCAUUGGAAGCUGUCCGGACCGCUGCAAACACGGUCAAUAGUUGGUCUGAUGUUCCACACAUCGACGUUCUUGUCAACAAUGCGGGCAUCAUGGCUACAGACUACGCACUUUCUCCUGAGGGGUACGAGAGUCAAUUUGCAACGAACCAUCUCGGGCCGUUCCUCUUUACGAACCUUAUUAUGGGCAAAUUGCAGGCCUCAGCUGCACCUCGAGUGGUAAUGGUGAGCAGCGACGGUCAUAGGCUCGGUUCGUUCCGUUUUGACGACUACAACUUUCAUCACGGAGAGACGUAUAACAGGUGGCAAGCAUACGGCCAGUCCAAGACGGCAAACAUGCUCAUGGCCAUCGCACUAGCAGAGAAACUAGGCGCCAAGCAUAAUCUUCUGUCUUUCAGUCUUCACCCCGGAGUCAUCGGAACUGGUCUGGGCGAUCACAUUGACUGGAACGUGGAAUAUCUGGCCUUGCAAAAGGUUGACCGUUUCAUGGGCAACGCGGAGGGCUGGAACGCAAACUUUGAUUUCGUCUCGCACGACGAGGGCUCAGCCACCCAUGUAGUUGCUGCAUUCGAUACCGAAAUCUCGGGGCGAAAUGGCGCUUAUUUGGAGAAGGGUGAGAUAGUUGCCGAUGACUCCAACCGCAUUAAACCCUGGGCGACCAGCCGUGUUGAGGCCGAGAAGUUGUGGAAACUGAGUGAAGGACUGGUGGGACAGACCUUCUCUUACUGAGCUACGAGCCCCAAUUAUCUAUCGCUAUACUGUUUUCACCAACGCAUAUAUACGUACUCAGUCGCUAGCUGAAAGACGGUUAGGAAUUUCAAGAUCUUCUGUUCACUGGUUGAAGCCCACCCAGAAUACAUGGGUAGCAUGUUUUGGAGAGAGCUCUUAAAUUAUCACGGUGGUAGCAUGGGAGAAAACACAUGUUAUUGUAGUUGUUGAGAGAAGCCACCUUCUAUUCAUAACGCCCGAGUAGCAACAUCAAUAAGAUACUCUAG